GGGCGCCCACCUCGCCGGCGCCGGGCCCGGGAGCGAUGACAUCGACGGGGAAGGACGGCAGCGGGGCGCAGCACGCGCAGUAUGUGGGGCCCUACCGGCUGGAGAAGACGCUGGGCAAGGGGCAGACAGGCCUCGUGAAGCUGGGGAUUCACUGUGUCACGUGCCAGAAGGUGGCUGUCAAGAUCGUCAACCGCGAGAAGCUCAGCGAGUCUGUACUGAUGAAGGUGGAGCGGGAGAUCGCCAUCCUGAAGCUGAUAGAGCACCCCCAUGUCCUCAAGCUGCACGACGUCUAUGAAAACAAAAAAUAUUUAUACCUGGUGCUAGAACACGUGUCUGGUGGGGAGCUCUUCGACUACCUUGUCAAGAAGGGGAGGCUGACCCCCAAAGAGGCCAGAAAGUUCUUCCGGCAGAUCAUCUCUGCGCUAGACUUCUGCCACAGCCACUCCAUAUGCCACAGGGAUCUGAAACCAGAAAACCUUCUGCUGGACGAGAAGAAUAACAUCCGGAUCGCGGACUUCGGGAUGGCGUCGCUGCAGGUUGGCGACAGCCUGCUGGAGACGAGCUGCGGGUCCCCCCACUAUGCCUGCCCGGAGGUGAUCCGGGGAGAGAAGUACGAUGGCCGCAAGGCAGACGUGUGGAGCUGCGGCGUGAUUCUGUUCGCCCUGCUUGUGGGGGCGCUGCCCUUCGACGACGACAACCUGCGGCAGCUGCUGGAGAAGGUGAAGCGGGGCGUGUUCCACAUGCCGCACUUCAUCCCGCCCGACUGCCAGAGCCUGCUGCGCGGCAUGAUCGAGGUGGACGCCACGCGGCGCCUCACGCUAGAGCACAUUCAGAAACACAUUUGGUAUAUAGGAGGCAAGAACGAGCCCGAGCCGGAGCAGCCCAUCCCCCGCAAGGUGCAGAUCCGCUCGCUGCCCAGCCUGGAGGACAUCGACCCCGACGUGCUGGACAGCAUGCACUCGCUGGGCUGCUUCCGGGACCGGAACAAGCUGCUGCAGGACCUGCUGUCCGAGGAGGAGAACCAGGAGAAGAUGAUUUACUUCCUCCUCCUGGACCGGAAAGAAAGGUAUCCGAGCCACGAGGACGAGGACCUGCCGCCCAGGAACGAGAUAGACCCUCCCCGGAAGCGCGUGGACUCCCCAAUGCUGAACCGGCACGGCAAGCGGCGGCCUGAGCGCAAGUCCAUGGAGGUGCUGAGCGUGACGGAUGGCGGCUCCCCGGUGCCUGCGCGGCGGGCCAUCGAGAUGGCCCAGCACGGCCAGAGUAAAGCAAUGUUCAGUAAAAGCCUGGAUAUCGCUGAAGCCCACCCCCAAUUCAGCAAAGAAGACAGGUCUAGGUCCAUCAGCGGCGCUUCCUCAGGCCUCUCCACCAGCCCACUCAGCAGCCCCCGGGUGACCCCUCACCCCUCUCCGAGGGGCAGUCCCCUCCCUACCCCCAAGGGGACGCCUGUGCACACGCCCAAGGAGAGCCCGGCCGGCACGCCCAACCCCACGCCACCGUCCAGCCCCAGCGUGGGAGGGGUGCCCUGGAGGACACGGCUCAACUCCAUCAAGAACAGCUUCCUGGGGUCACCCCGCUUCCACCGCCGGAAACUGCAAGUUCCGACGCCCGAGGAGAUGUCCAACCUGACCCCGGAGUCGUCCCCAGAGCUCGCCAAAAGGUCCUGGUUUGGGAACUUCAUCAGCCUGGAGAAGGAGGAACAGGUCUUCGCGGUCAUCAAGGACAAGCCGCUGAGCUCCAUCAAAGCCGACAUCGUCCACGCCUUCCUGUCGAUCCCCAGCCUCAGCCACAGCGUCAUCUCCCAGACGAGCUUCCGGGCCGAGCACAAGGCGACGGGGGGCCCGGCGGUGUUCCAGAAGCCGGUCAAGUUCCAGGUGGACAUCACCUACACCGAGGGCGGGGCGGCGCAGAAGGAGAACGGCGUCUACUCCGUCACGUUCACGCUCCUGUCAGGCCCCAGCCGCCGCUUCAAGAGGGUCGUGGAGACCAUUCAGACCCAGCUGCUGAGCACACAUGAGCAGCCUUCUGCCCAGCACUUGUCAGACACCACUAACUGUAUGGAAAUGAUGACGGGGAGGCUUUCCAAAUGUGACGAGAAGAACGGGCAGGCGGCCCAGGCCCCCAGCACGCCCGCCAAGCGGAGUGCCCACGGCCCACUCGGGGACUCCGCGGCCGCUGGCCCCGGCCCUGGAGGGGACGCCGAGUACCCAGCGGGCAAGGACACGGCCAGGACGGGGCCGCCCGCCGCCCGCCGAGAGCAGCCUUAGACACAUAGCCCCCUCCCCCUGCACGGCCCCGACAGUGGCCCCCAGGCCGCCUCGCCGCCCGCUCGCCCGCCCGCCGCCCGCCCGGUGUGGACCCGGGGCUGCGCCCGUCUGUCCGUCUAGACUGUUGUGAAGCCGGGGAGGAAAGGAAAGGGGGCACCGGGGGCCACAGCCGCGGCUGGGCCACCCGCGCCCGCUCUCUCUUUCUCUCGCUGUCUCUCUCCCUGCCUGUCUCUGACAACGCCACUGUUUCCGCUCUGAUACCAGGAAUUAUCCCGAAAAGUUAACAUGUCAUCUCCGCGAGGCCGUCCUCCGUGCUCUGCACCGGAUACCGGCUGACCGAAGGCAGCUGCCGUGGACCUGCCCUCUCUCCUCUCCUGCUGCUGCCGCCCACUGGGCAGUGAGGCCCUGCCCGCCCGCCAGCUCUGCCCAGUUUCAGCUCCGCAUGGCCACGGGGAGGAGGACCCGGCCCCGACGGGAGGCCGCCUCGGGCCCACCCGACUGGACGCGCGGUGACCAGUGCCCCCGGCGGGUCCGGCCAGCCUCCGGGGCAGGCCCAAGGGGGUGAAGCAGCCGUCUGGCCCGGCCGGCACGGCCUCUCCUCAGCACGUCCCCUCCCUGCUGCUCCCUCCUCGUCCACGUCCAUGCACCUCAGCGCCGCCCACCUGCCUCGCCGCAUCCCACCCCCCAGCUCCCCGGGGGCUGCAGGUGGAAAGAAACCCCGGGGGCCCCGCAGCACCUGCCCACCUGCCCACCCGCCCGCCCGAGGGCAGGCCGAGAUCAGUAUUAUUUACUUGCUGUUUUAACUUACUGAGUUUCUUUACUUCUCCGUUCAGGGAAGGGGCAGCAGCAGCGCCGUCCUGCCGUCUGUCUGUGUGUGUGUCUUGGGCAGGGUGGGGUCUGGGCCAAGGUGCCCCGUGGACAGAGCGGUCGGGGUGCCGGGGCCGCGGGGGCAGCCGGCCGAUGCAGCGCCGGCAAGCUACUGUAAACUUUAAAGAAUUCCUGCAAGAUAUUUUUAUAAACUUUUUUUCUUGGUUGU